AUUGGCAAACUUUAACCCCUGAACACAGUCUACCCAGUCUGGGUGAGUUACUAAGCAUAUAGACUUAACAGAGAAACACCACCUAAUGGGAUGUUACCAAGAGUAUAAAAAGAGGUAGAGAGGAUGAAUACAUCUCAGUAAUUGGCAGAAACCGAGACAGACGAAUCAGCAAGCAGCUGCAGUAUUGAACAGAACAAUGAAGUUGUUGGUGUUGGCCUUAACCGUCACUCUGCUGUUUACAGCUGGUGAAACCCUUGACUGCCACCGAUGUGUCUCCAAAAAGGCCGGAGGAGCCUGUGAUCUCACUGUGGAGACAUGCAAACCAGGGAAGGAUGCCUGCGCUGCUGCCAGCUUCCUCCGACCCCCACAUGGCCAUUACCAGAAAUGCAUGGCUCUUGAAGACUGCGAAAUGCUGAAGAUGAACGCCUACAUCGAUAUCAAUUGCUGUGUCGAAGACAUGUGCAACACCUUAUAAAAAUUAAAUGUAUGGCUUCAAGCAAGGCACCUAAAGGCAGUGCGUCCUGCCAACAGCUGAAAGUGGCUCCAAGGUGUGAAUGCAUGUAUGGACAUUAAAGCAGCUAGUCCUAGGAGAACAAAAUGUGUUUUAUCAACCUGAUCCCUUGAGAAAUAAAUACGUUUGACAAUUA